AUGGCAAAUCGCGACAAAUCUCCGCAAUUAGGGCUCAACGAUGAUAAGUUAGAACUACUCGUACGCGAUCUAAUUAAGAAACGUGGCACUCUCAAAGGUAGAUUAACAAAAUUUGGUACUUAUAUUAAUAAUUUUGAUGCAAAUGUUGUAACGCCUCAGAACAAAAUAGAUUUAAAGUUACGCAUUGAAGGUGCCACGAAUCUUUAUCGUGAGUUCGAUAGCAUUCAGUCUAGGAUAGAGGAAUGUGUCAGCGAAACUGAUCUAGAUGAUCAAUUAACGCAGAGAGAGCAGUUCGAGGACUGCUACUAUAGUACAUUGUCGCAGGCUGAGUUAUUAUCAAAUAGGUGUGGCAGCAGUAGCAGUAGUAAAGUCACAGCUUGUUCAAAAACAUGCGAAAAUAGUCAGUUACGAUCUGUAAAAUUACCUACCAUAACUUUGCCAUCCUUUGAUGGGUCAUACGAACACUGGCUGGAAUUUCGGGAUACAUUUCAAUCACUCAUACACGAUUCAGAUGAAAUUAACACCAUCCAGAAAUUCCACUACCUAAAGUCCUCCCUGAAGCGUAGUGCCGAGCUGGUUAUUGACGCAUUGGAGUUCACGUCUAGUAAUUAUUCUGUCGCCUGGGAACUCUUACUCGACCGGUAUAAUAACAACCGACUAUUAAUUCAAAAUCACAUAAAAACAAUAUUUAAUAUCCAACCAUUGAGUAAAGAGUCCCCAGUGGCGAUAAGAACACUUAGUGACACAAUUUUAAAAAACAUACGCGCAUUAAAGAUCCUAGGGGAGCCGGUGGACUCCUGGGAUACGCUUAUUAUUUUUAUAAUUGUGUCUAAGCUAGACAAAACAACGGAACGCGAGUGGGAACAGCAUAAAGGCACUUUGAUAACUAACAAUAACGAUUCCAAGUUAAAAUUAAAGGUUGAUGAUUUAAUUAACUUCCUAAAAAAUCGGGCGGACAUGCUAGAAACAUUACAUUCAUCACAAAUUAAUAAACAGUCAAUAUACACGAAAAACGAUCGAAUGAAAUCCACAAAGUGCAAUGUUUCUAGCACUAAGCCGCACGAACGUCACUCCGCGCCUAAAAACUGUGUUAUGUGCAAUGGAGCUCAUCAACUUUACGCAUGUUCACAAUUCAUUGACUCUAAUUUGGAAUCGAAAUUGAAGUUUCUUCGCGAUAGGAAAUUAUGCGAAAAUUGCAUGAAAAGUAGUAGCCAUACUGCUGAAUUUUGCAAAUUUGGCGGUUGCCGUCGUUGUUUUAAAAAGCAUAAUUCCCUAAUUCAUCCUUCGGAUGAUUUAAAUCAUCCCCCGGAUGAUACGAAAACGAUAGGUAACACUAGCGGUUCCCUAACAAUGCACUCGUCAUUCGAUAAUAAUCGGCAACUGAUGACCGGCGCUCGCGCGGUGUCGCUCCCGAGCGGCGCCGCGCCGCUCCUCAACCCCGCGGAUGCAGUGUGCUAUGCAAAUAAUGCACACAGUAACGAUAAACGCACACAUCGUUCUUUGCAACCGGUUUUGUUGUCCACCGCGCUAAUCGAAGUACGAACUCGAAAUAAUGUUUAUUUACUCGCAAAUGCAUUAUUAGAUAACGGAAGCGAACGCAGUUUCAUAACCGAAGCCUUUAGUAAAAAACUAGGGGUAGAAUUAUUACAGUCCACUCACGAAAUAAGAGGUGUAGGUAAUUCAGUGACGCAAUGCACGAAAUCAUGCGACAUUGAGAUUAAAUCGCGCAUAUCUACCUACACUACUAAACUACAUUGUUUCAUAUUGCCGCUAAUUUCAAGUACGUUGCCCGCUGUACAUUAUGAACGCGCGAAGUUUCGUAUACCUAAUAGUUUACAGCUGGCAGACCCGCAUUUUCUUGAUUCUCGAAAAAUUGAUAUUUUAAUCGGCGCAGAUAUAUUUUGGGAAUUAAUACACGAAGGUAAUAUAAGGUUACCUAACGGGCCUUAUUUACAAAAUACGCAUUUAGGCUGGAUAAUAUCGGGACCUAUCGUAUUUAAUACGCGCAACGAUAGGCUUAUUCAGUGUAAUUUCACGCAAUCGAUAGACACGCAAUUACGCCAAUUCUGGGAGAUCGAGGAGCUGCCUCGGGAUCGGGAUACACGCACGGAUGCUGAGCGUGCUUGCGAAGAACUGUUCACUCGUACUACGACGCGCAAUGACGAGGGACGGUUUAUUGUUAGCAUACCUCUUAAGUCAUCACCCGAUCUUUUGGGCGAAUCACUUCCACAGGCGGAACGACGCUUCCUAGCGUUAGAAAAGCGGUUAGAACGCACGCCCGCUUACAAAAAAUUAUACGCAGAUUUUCUUCAUGAGUAUGAGAGCCUAGGUCAUAUGACUCGCGUUUCGACCUACGGAACCCCUCAUUAUUUUAUGCCGCAUCACGGCGUAUUUCGCGAAAAUCACUCGACUACUAAACUUCGAGUUGUUUACGAUGCUGGGGCCGUUUCAAGCACGGGAAUUAGCUAUAAUGACCUACAGUUGGUAGGCCCGCCUAUCCAAGGCGACCUAAUUUCAAUUAUAUUGCGCUUCAGGCAACAUCGGUACGUCGCAUGCGCAGACAUCGAAAAGAUGUACCGACAGUGCCUUGUUGAUGAAAAGCAGCGAGAUCUUCAGCUGAUUCUCUGGCGCGACGAACCCACGCAGCCACUCGGUGUCUAUCGCCUCAACACGGUAACCUACGGAACCGCGUCCGCGCCGUUUUUAAGUUGUCGCUGCCUAAAACAACUUGCAUGCGAAACAACCAAUCCCGAAGUGUCGCGAAUUAUCAAUGAAGAUUUUUACGUCGACGACAUGAUCACGGGUUCUCACGACAAAGAAACAUUAUUAAAAUUGUGCGAAGAAACAACCAAGACGUUGCAAGCUGGUUGUUUCCCACUACGCAAAUGGAUUUUCAAUUUUACGUGUGAACCCGAGAUGACGUCAUCGUCGUGCGCUUCUAAGCAAAUACUCGCGGAGAAUACAAAUCACGAAACAUUAGGUAUUGGUUGGCUUAAUGACAGCGACGAAUUUUAUUUCAAUACGGAAUUUGAGUCUAGUAAUGAACCUAUAACUAAACGCAUAAUUCUAUCAUACGCAUCUCAAAUUUUCGAUCCACUGGGGAUUUUAAGUCCGUUUAUCUUGACUGCAAAAUUGUUAUUACAACAGUUGUGGUUAUUAAAAUUGGACUGGGACGACAUCGUACCUACUGACAUCGCGCGUCAGUGGAACCGGUUUCUCGCUUCGCUGUCGAUCCUAAAAACGAUACGUGUUCCUCGAUAUGUCAUGGAUAUUGAUCCUAUAUCUACCGAGAUGCAUAUUUUUAGCGACGCUUCUCAAACCGCAUACGGCGCGUGCGUUUAUAUAAGGACCGUAAGCGCUAAUACGGUCAAAGUGCAAUUGCUCUGUUCUAAAGGGAAGGUUGCACCGCUAAAAACCGUCAGCAUCCCACGGUUAGAGCUUCUCGGUGCUCUAGUGGGCGCUCGCCUUUAUAACAAGGUUCGCGAUUCACUUCACUGCAACUUCGAUCACGUAAUAUUUUGGACGGAUUCGACAAUUGUCUUAGGUUGGCUGCGCAUGCCGCCACGAUUGUUAAAAACGUUCGUUCAAAAUAGGACGAUAGAAAUUCACGAUUUGACGAAGGAUCUCCCGUGGCGUCAUGUAAGCGGGAAGGAGAACCCAGCUGAUCUCGUUUCGCGUGGGGUUGUGAAUCUCGAGGAGCUCUCUUCGUCUAAAUUGUGGUGGGAAGGGCCAGCCUUCCUUCGUGACAGUGAAUUUGACUGUGAAAACGUACCUCCCUUUUACACACACGAAGGACAGUCAAGUGACUUGCCUGAAAUAAAGGGUAGUGAUGUAACCGCGCUAGUAGCCCAGGAUAGGUCGAGCUCUGAAGAUGGAUCUAUUAUGGAUUUCCAACGAUUCUCUCAGUUCGGCCGGCUGAGACGCUCAACUGCUUAUGUUUUACGGUUUUUACAUAAUACGCGCAAUAAACUUAAUAAGCGGUCGGGCGUUCUUACCGUCGAUGAACUGAGAGAAGCCGACAACUUGUUGGUUAGGCUGUCUCAACUGGAAUCUUUUCCAGUUGAGUACAAGUCAAUAGCCAACAAUCGCGCGCUAAAAAAUAAACAUAAUUUAAGCAAAUUAAAUCUGUUUAUAGACGACAAUAAACUGUUGCGAGUCGGCGGAAGGUUGGACUAUUCAGAGUUCGACUAUAAUAAAAAACACCCAAUUUUACUGUCAGGCAAACAUCAUUUCACGCUUCUUCUUUUUCGCCACGAACACAAAUCCUUGCUACACGCAGCUCCGCAGGCGCUUCUUUUUCACCUUCGUGAAUCUUGGUGGCCAAUCGCAGGCAGAUGGUCCUUCGAACCGGAAGAAACCGGAUAG